GUGAAUUCGUUCAUUAUGCAGUUAGAUAAUAGGAAAUAAUUGUGAUAUAAACACUUAGAUAAAUAAUAAAUCGACAACUUGAGUCUCAUUUUUUUGAUUAGAUAAAUCAACCUUGUUCAGAGUUUACGUUCACAAUGGCUGAGUUGCCUAAAUCGGCAAAAAAUGAAGAACGCCUCCGUACGCAUCCUUACCGAAGACCAUUUCCCAUUACAUUACCUCCUGAAUCCUCCCCCCAUUGUGCUUUUCGACCCAUACAUCCGUUAAAUGACGGUGUCAGAAAAGCCUACUAUUGGGUGGACACUUUCACAAACGGGGGAGUCCCCUCGACAGCUUUGUGGGGCGGUGAAGACAUCGACGGCCACCAAAUUUACGUGGGCAGAGCCUACUUCAAAAACGACUGGAUUCCGGCAAAAGUGAUUCCGGGCCGAAGAAAGGCUUAUGUGGCUUACAACGGCAAGGAAUACACCGUGGACCGUUUUCAAGUUUUAUGCGAGCAACGUUUCGAUUGGGUGAAAACCACCGAAGACAAAAUCCCCGAAGGGGCAGUUGAAGGUGGGAGAACCGUCGAUGGGGAACCCCUGUAUAUUGGCAGAGUGGAACAUGAGGGCUCGCAUACUGUCGGUAAAGUGCACCCCAGUUACAAAUGUUGUUUGAUUCCGUUUGAUGGGAAAGAGUUGAGAUUUACGGAGUACGAGAUUUUGAUACUGCGACAGUUUAACACAAUGGAAGGAGGCUAUGGUUUUAGACCGGAAUUUUCCCUUUCCGCACCCUUUAAUUACCCUCAAUAUCCCCCGAAUCAAAAUUUUUACCCUCAAUCUCAAAAUACCAGUUUUCAUAAUCAAGCGUUUCGUUGGGUUGACAGUUCCAUCGCCUAUGGGUCAGUGCCACCGACGGCCCUCCAAGGGGGCAUGGAUGGGGAUGGGCAUCCCAUUUACGUUGGUAGAGCCUACCAUGAAGGUGACUUGAUCCCUGCCAAAGUGAUUCCCGGCAAAAACGCCGCCUAUGUCUCUCACAACGGACAGGAACACCUCGUUGAAAAUUUCCAAGUUUUAUGUAAACAAUACUUCGAGUGGGUACAAUCGCACGCCGGCCACUUGCCACCAGGGGCGGUCCAAGGGGGGCACACCAGCGAAGGGGAGCCCCUUUACAUAGGCCGCGCCUACCACGAAGGCUCCCAAACAAUUGGCAAAAUACACCCCAGCCAUGGUGUCUGCUACAUAGCAUACGGCGGCGAAGAAAUCGCUUGUCCCGAAUACGAAACUUUAGUCCUUAGAAUGUAAAUAAAGUCAUUCUUGUACCCCA